AUGUCGAACAACCUCUUCGCGCGCAUCGUGCGCCCCUUCACCGUGUCCAACCGUCUGUCCAUGGCGCCGGACAGUCCCGCGCCCGCGACGCCCCUCCCCGAGAAUGCCCAGCGCUGCACCGUCGCGGCAGGCUGCUUCUGGGGCACCGAGCACCUGUACCGAAAGGCCUUUGAGGGCAAGGGCCUACUGGACGCAAAGGUCGGCUACAUCGGUGGUGACCUCGAGAACCCCUCCUACAGAGCCGUGUGCGGCGGCAGGACUGGCCACGCCGAGGCAGCGCAGAUCAUCUUCGACCCGGAUCAGGUCUCCUACCGCCAGCUCCUCGAAUUCUUCUACCGCACACACGACCCCACAACCCUGAACCGUCAAGGGCCAGACACCGGCCCACAGUACCGCUCCGCCAUCUACUACCACAACCCAGAGCAGGAGAAGGAUGCCCGGGAAAUCACCAAGCUGGCCAACGAGAAGUGGUGGCAUGGCGGCAUCGUCACCGAGCUCGCGCCCGCUGGCAAGUGGUGGUCCGCCGAAGAAUACCACCAAAAGUAUCUGCACAACAACCCCGGGGGCUACGAGUGCCCGAGUCACUUUAUCAGGAAAUUGCCACCGCUGGAGUGA